AUGAAUGGAGAAAACCACUCUCUAGUGUCUGAAUUUGUAUUGCUGGGGCUUUCCAAUUCCUUACAGAUCCAGGUUUUUAUUUUUUUCUUUUCUUGUCUCUUCUAUUUAUCGAGUUUAAUAGGAAAUCUCCUCAUAGUAAUCACUGUAAUCUGUGACCCUUACUUGCAUUCUCCCAUGUAUUUUCUGUUGGCUAAUCUCUCUGUCAUUGAUCUAAUAUUUUGCUCCAUUGCAGCACCAAAGAUGAUUAUUGAUCUUUUUAGGAAGCAGAAAGUUAUCUCUUUUGGGGGAUGCAUAGCUCAAAUAUUCUUUAGCCAUGCUGUUGGAGGCACUGAGAUGAUCAUUCUCAUAGCCAUGGCCUUUGACAGGUAUGUUGCUAUAUGUAAGCCUCUACACUACUUGGCUAUCAUGAGCCCACAGAAGUGCAUUGUUAUUGUAGUAAGUGCCUGGAUUAUUGGUAUAAUUCAUUCAUCAACUCAAUUGACUUUUGUUGUAAAUUUGCCAUUCUGUGGCCCUAAUACAUUGGAUAGCUUUUACUGUGACAUACCACGUCUCAUAAAACUUGCUUGCACAGAUACUUAUAACCUGGAAUUCAUUGUCACGGCUAAUAGUGGGUUCAUUUCCUUGGGUACAUUGUUCUUACUUCUGCUAUCUUACCUUUUUCUCCUGGGUACUCUUCAAAAACAUUCCUUAGGCCAUUCACACAAGACAGUUUCUACUCUGUCAGCUCAUAUUACUGUGGUUGCUUUAUUCUUUGGUCCACUUAUUUUUUUCUAUAUGUGCCCUUCUCCUCCAACACAUAUGGACAAAUUUCUAGCCUUAUUUAAUGCAGUUUUGACUCCUUUCCUAAAUCCAGUCAUCUACACCUUCAGGAAUAGAGAAAUGAAGGUAGCAAUGAGGAAGGUGUUCAUGCAUCUCUUGAGUAUUAAAACACUCUGA